UCACAUAAACGCACCAAUCACGCAGCCCGUGCGCGGAGGGUGCGCUGCCUGUGAUGCGCCGCCAGCAGAAACGUAAAGGCGCGUAAUUGGCUGCGCCGCGGUUCGGUUAAAUGCCUCUCCAGCUGAAAUGAAACGACUUUCCCACUGACGGUUCUCAUCCACUAACUCUGCACGCAGACUGACUCUCUUUCCGGCCGCUUCUGAACUUUUUUCCCCGUUUGUGCGGAUCAUGCUGCGUUCACUCUUCUUGUGCGUAAUUGUGGCGGUUUGGACUCCGGCGGAUGCGCAAAACUCCGGCCGCUAUGUGGUCGGGUGUCCCGCGCGGUGCGACAAGGCGCUGUGCCCGCGCUUGCCCGCGGACUGCCCGGCGGGACAAGCCCUGGAUGUGUGCCACUGCUGCCCGGUGUGCGCGUCCGGGGAGGGGGAAACGUGCAGCGGCGGCGGCGGCGGGAAGCUCGGUGACCCGGUGUGCGAGGAGGGGCUGGAGUGCUCGGUCUCCGGCGGGGUGUCGCUCACCGCCACGGUGCGGAGGAGAAGCAAGAGCGGGAUUUGUGUGUGCAAAUCCCCCGAGCCGGUGUGCGGCAGCGACGGGGUGUCAUACCGGAACAUCUGCGAGCUGAAGAGGGUGAGCCGGCGCGCGCAGAAGCUGCAGCAGCCACCUGUUCUGUUUAUUCAGCGGGGAGCCUGCGGGAAAGCUCAGGACAAUCCAGACAGUCCGAGGCACAAGUACAACUUCAUCGCAGACGUGGUGGAGAAGAUCGCCCCCUCAGUUGUUCACAUUGAACUUUUCCGCAAGAUGACUUACUCCAAGCGGGAGGUGGCUGUGGCCAGUGGUUCUGGCUUUGUUGUGUCAGAGGACGGCCAGAUUGUGACCAACGCUCAUGUUGUGGCCAAUAAACACAGAGUGAAAGUGGAGCUGAAGAACGGCGCUUCCUAUGACGCCAAAAUCAAAGAUGUGGACGAGAAGUCGGACAUCGCCCUCAUCACGAUUGAUGCACCGACUAAGCUCCCCGUCCUGUUACUUGGCCACUCUUCAGACCUCAGACCCGGGGAGUUUGUGGUCGCGAUCGGCAGCCCGUUCUCCCUCCAGAACACGGUUACCACAGGAAUCGUCAGCACCACUCAGCGUGGGGGCAAGGAACUGGGCCUUCGCAACUCUGACAUGGACUACAUCCAGACUGACGCCAUCAUUAAUUACGGUAACUCUGGAGGGCCUCUGGUAAACCUGGAUGGAGAAGUGAUUGGGAUCAAUACGCUGAAAGUAACGGCUGGCAUCUCCUUCGCCAUUCCUUCUGACAAAAUCCGUCAAUUCCUUGCCGAGUCGUACGACAGGCAGUCUAGAGGGCGAACAGAUGCUAAGAAGAAGUAUAUCGGUGUGAGAAUGAUGACUCUCACGCCUUCGUUAGCCAAAGAGCUCAAGACUCGACAUCGUGACUUCCCUGACAUCACUUCAGGAGCUUAUGUGAUGGAGGUCAUUGCAAAGACACCAGCUGCAAAUGGUGGGCUGAAAGACCACGAUGUCAUCAUCUCCAUCAACGGCCAGAGGAUUUCAACAGCCACCGACGUCAGUGCCGCCAUCAAGAAAGACGACGUUCUGAGAAUAGUGGUGCGCCGCGGCAAUGAGGACGCCAUCCUCACCAUCGUGCCUAUGGAGAUCGAUCCUUGAUACUCCUAAACUCGCUCCAAAGGAGUCGGAAUUAAGUUAAACUUCUCACUAGUGGACCUGAAAUGGGAGGGGCUUCCACUGACGAAGCCCGCUACCUGUCUCCAAAAGCUUAUAAACUGUAAAUGUCUUAAAGAAACUGAAAGAACGGGAGCUACAGAAGCAAUCGUUUCCCCCGUGACUUGUCACUUUUAGGUUUUAAAAGCUCCGAUUAAUGCUAAACUACUGUUUGUUUUCAAACACGAGAUUUAGAUUGUUUUUUUAAUACGUUUUUUGUGCCUUUAAAUAUUUGCUCAGUCGGACCUGCUGCCUUCGAUGGCUCGUUUUCAGUCUCGCUGAGCAAAUCUGAUUUUUUUAUAAUUGCUGUUUCUAAAAACCUUAAUCAAGUACUGUAAAAGUUUUGUUUAUUAUUGUUUUUUUUACUGCCUGAUGUAUACUAAAACUAAAAUAAAAUGUGUUUACCUCCAUUUAUAUUGGCGUUCUCCA